GGGCGCGCGCGGACCUGGAGGAGGCGCCCCAGAAGGCGGCGCCUCUCGGAGGAAGUUUGUCCUUUAACUGCAGAGCCGGGUUCGCCGUCGCAGCAACCUCCAGGAGCGAGCAGCGGGCGCCCACGGGAGCCGUCAGUGUCGCCCCGGGUGCAUCGCGCGCACCGCGGCCAUGGGCGGCUCGGCCUCUAGCCUGCUGGACGAGGGCAAGUGCACCUACAUCCGAGGGAAAACUGAGGCUACCAUCAAAAACUUCAGUCCCUUCUAUAGUCGUCAGUACUCCGUGGCCUUCUGCAAUCAUGUUCGCAGUGAAGUGGAACAGCAAAGAGAUUUAACAUCACAAUUUUUGAAGACCAAGCCACCACUGGAGCCUGGAACUGUUCUGUAUGAAGCAGAGCUAUCACAGUUUGCUGAAGACAUAAAGAAGUGGAAGGAGCGGUACAUUGUGAUUAAAAAUGAUUUUGCUGUGGAGAGCUAUGAGAACAAAGAGGCCUAUCAGAGAGGAGCAGCUCCUAAAAGCCGAAUUCUUCCAGCUGGUGGCAGGGUGUUAACCUCAGAAGAUGAAUAUAAUUUGUUAUCUGAUCGGUUUUUCCCAGACCCUAUUGCAUCCAGUGAGAAGGAGAAUGCUCAGCCCUUUGUGGUCGUGCCUAAGGAAUUCCCAGUGUACCUGUGGCAGCCGUUCCUCAGACACGGCUACUUCUGCUUCCACGAGGCCGCCGAGCAGAAGAAGUUCAGUGCUCUCCUGAGUGACUGCAUCAGACAUCUCAAUCACGAUUACAUGAAGCAGACGACGUUUGAGGCCCAAGCCUUUCUAGAAGCUGUGCAGUUCUUUCGGCAGGAGAAGGGACACUAUGGCUCGUGGGAAAUGAUCACUGGGGAUGAAGUCCAGAUCCUAAGUAACCUGGUGAUGGAGGAGCUCCUGCCAACCCUUCAGACAGACCUUUUGCCCAAAAUGAAGGGGAAGAAGAAUGACAGAAAGAGGGCCUGGCUUGGUCUCCUUGAGGAGGCCUACAAACUGGUUCGGCAUCAGGUUUCAGAAGGAUUAAGUGCCUUGAAGGAGGAAUGCAGAACUCUGACGAAGAACCUAGAAGGAACCAUCCGUUCAGACAUGGAUCAGAUCGUGAACUCAAAGAACUUCUUAAUUGGAAAGAUCAAAGCAAUGGUGGCCGAGCCAGCAGAGAGAAGCUGUGCGGAGAGUGUUCAACCAUUCUUGGCAUCUAUCCUGGAGGAGCUCAUGGGGCCGGUGAGCUCAGGAUUCAGUGAAGUACGCUCACUCUUUGAAAAAGAAGUGGAUGAACUUACCCAGAACUUUCAGACCACCAAAGACAACGCCCAGCUAAAAGAGCAUCUAGACCGGCUUAUGAAUCUUCCACUGGAUUCUGUGAAGAUGGAACCUUGUUAUAUUAAAGUCGACCUGCUCCAGGAACGCCUGCAGGAUCUCAAGAGCCGCUUCAGAUUCCCCCACGUCGAUCUGGUGGUCCAGAGGACCCAGAACUACAUGCAAGAGUUAAUGGAGAAUGCAGUAUUCACUUUCGAGCAAUUGCUUUCCCCACACCUCCAAGGAGAGGCAUCCAGAACUGCGGUCGCCAUUGAGAAGGUUAAGCUCCGAGUCUUAAAGCAAUAUGAUUAUGACAGCAGCACCAUCAGGAAGAGGAUAUUUCAAGAGGCACUGGUUCAAAUCACACUUCCCACCAUGCAGAAGGCACUGGCAUCCACAUGCAAACCAGAGCUCCAGAAAUACGAGCAGUUCAUUUUUGCAGAUCACACCAAUAUGAUUCACGUUGAAAAUGUCUAUGAGGAGAUUUUACAUCAGAGCCUCCUUGAUGAAACCCUGAAAGUGAUAAAGGAAGCUGCUAUCCUGAAGAAACACAACUUAUUUGAAGACAACAUGGCCUUGCCCAGUGAAAGCGUAUCCAGCUUAACUGAUCUAAAAACCCCUGCAGGGUCAAACCAGGCCAGCCCUGCCAGGAGAGCCUCAGCCAUUCUGCCAGGAGUUUCAGAUAGUGAGACCCUGAGUAAUGAAGUAUUCCAGGAGUCAGGGGAAAAGAAGCAGCCUGGGGUCCCUAGUCCGUUGGCCAAAGAAGAAAGCCUUUCUCUUCCUGUACCCGACCCUCCCCCGGGUGAGAACGGACAGGUGAUUAUUGCAGGCAUGGAUGGCCCUGUCAUAGAUCUUGUGGCUGCAGAGGACACGGCAGGAGCCCUGGGCACAUGCUCACCAGAGCUGGAGUUUGGAGGGGCUCCUGAGGGUGGAGAGCCCACCUGCGAAAAGCCAGAAUCCAGCUCUGCCUCAGGCUCCUUAAAGGAGCUCAGAAAUUUGUUGACAGUGACCAUUGAGGUACCAGUGGAAUCUGCCACCCUUGAGAUUGAAAAAGAUACAAACGAGGAGACCCUUGUUCCCCAAGAAAUUGAAAAAUUAGAGGAAACGACUCAGAUCUACACAGAGGCCAGUCCAGCAGCUGCCUCCAGCCAACACAGCUGUGAAGAGAAUGAAGUCAGUGAGAGGGAGGCCCAUUCUGCCCCUCCGGAGGCAGAGGCCGGCAGGGUGGAGUUGGGGGGAUUUCUGGAGGCUCAGCUGAUCUGUGAAGGGCUCACCCAGGGUGACAGCCACCCAGACCCCACAGAGCAGCAAGCAGAGGCCGGGGAGCCCGCUGAGAGCGAGCUCACAGGCAGGGCUUCCAGACUGGAGGCCCAGGCUGUAUCCACUGUGGAGGGUGAGGCCAGGCAGCAAGAAGAUUGCAUUUCCAGGGCUGACCACACGUGCCCCAGUGAGAGCCAGGUUUCUGUGGAAGAAGUGGUGGGAGGGAAUAGCAGCAUGGCCCAGGCUGCUGCCAGUGUGGAGACAGAGCAGAUUCAGGCUGCUGAUGUUCAUGAGUGUCAGUGGGUGGUGGAGAAUGUUCCAAACAUCGAUCUGCUAGAUUCACAAGACGUCGGGGAGAGUACCCUAGGGACACCCUCAGAAGAGUGAAAGGGGCAAUUUGGCAUAAGUAUUUCUUUGCACAAACUCAGCCAGAGGUUAAUGGUUAUGGGUAUGCUUAGGGGUUACACGCAAGUUGUUACCAGAAAAAGCAAACAAACAAACAAAAAAACAAAAUUAAGUACUUAGUGUGUGUAAUGAAACCAGAGGCUAUGCACACCGGGCAUGUGCACUGAGGCAGACCUUUGUGGAAUUGAACAGUUCUACCAUGAAUUACUGCGUUAGCAUUUUAAUAGGAAUUACAAAGUAAUGGAGUGUUUGGGGUGAAAGGCAGCUGAGGGUGUCUAAGGGAAGCAGUGGUGUUCCAGCAAAGAUGAAGGAACCAGUGGGAGCACGGUUGCCAAUACACUGCACAUUUUCCUCUAAUGCACUUUAAGGCUUUUUAAUUUUGGGUAAGAAUGCAAAUGUAUACUGUAAAUCCAGCUUCACCGUCUACUAUCCCCACUUCACUGUCCCUGAAGGACUCAGCAUUCAUCCACAGUCAGAUCGCAGGAAAGGGUAGGUGGCGAGCACUGGUCACCCUGCUGUGGGCAGUCCUACAGCGCCUGAGACAUUAUGCCUGAGAGAGCCCAUGGGGAGCUGAGCAGAAACAGAGGAACGUUGUGGUCUGUGGGACUGUCUGAGCCUGUUACUAAUUCCGCUAUCAAUGUCUUGUUAAUUAAUCGUGUUGAUUCUUAUUAAUUAAUCACCUUUUGGGGAAAUUCAGAUGAGGCAAGAAAAUUUCCUUGGCAUGUGUAAGCCUGAAAGCAUUCCAAAUUAGUCUUAGAAUGUGCAGAGAGAGCUUAGCUAAUUACCGAGUGUAAAAGACUACCAAUUAAACAAGCAUUAUUUGAAAGCUACUGUAUGCCACGUGCUGUGCUAGGCAUAGUAAUAACAAAAAAGAAGAAGAAAAGAUAAAGGUGCUUUGUCUAGCAUAAAUUAAAAGGCCUAUGGGAAUUUAAAGAAAAAAAAUAUGUCCAUUUUCAAACCAUGACAACUUUCUGUCUAUCCAUUCAGCAGUCCUGGUUCAUUCCCAGAAGGGGAAUAAGGUGAAUAAAUGGGGAAGGAAGGAAGAAAGGAAGGAGAGAGAAGAAAAAAGAAAGGCAGGUGGAGAGCAAAAGAGAGAAAGAGAAAAGCCAAGUUGUACAAUAUCAAAUUCCAAAGAUGUCACCCCAAGUGGAAAUCAUUUGUUUGAUCAUGCAGCAAGUUAACUGAGUCCCAAUUAUGUCCCCGGCAUGGAGAUGCUGUAGUGAAAAAGACUCUGUUCCUCUCUCCCAGAACUUAUACCUUAAUGGAAAUAGACACAGAUACAUCUUCUCGAUGGAUCGUGACCAAUGAUAACUGUUAAUGUUAAAGGAUUAAUCUUGCAAAAGAUUAAAAAGAUGUGUUCUAAUCUUCAAGAAAAUACCAUGUUAUUUUUUAAAAGCUUCUGGCCCAGGAACUACCUGUUGAUACUUCCUUGCAUAAAUUUUAGCAUUAGAUCCCAACAUAUUGUUGUAAAAGUCUGUUUUGAUCAUCAUCAGCAAAUUUAUAUCAGUUCUUUUAUCCCACAGUUUAACUAUUUAACCAGGAAUUAAAAUAUAGCUCUGUCCACCUCCCCAGGAAGAAUUUCUAGGUUUCUACGUCACAAAGAAUGAAGAAUAAUCAGUAUAACUAUAUUCUCAUAUUGAAUCAUUAUAACUUCUCUUAGAGUGUUUAGAUCUUCACAUCUAUGAAGGAUCUCCUUGUAGGGAAAGAAGGCAGAGGCCACUCCUCCCCUGGUCCCCUGCAGUACCCAGUGUUCACUCAUAUCCUUGCAUUUAGCAUAGAGUAUUGAAAUUCUAUUUACUUCCCGUCUCUUCCGGGGGCCCCUCUGCUCAAGGACAGAAACUGGGGUUUAUUAAUCAUGUGUGCUUCCUGCUAGGGAGACACAGCCUUGAGUAACAGCUCACUGCCUUCUCAAGCCACUUUCAUAUCCCUAGUGCUGAGCAUAAGCACUGGCACGCGUCAAGCUGCUCAGGAAACGUGAGAACUGAACGCCUGCCACGCUGCUGUGCCGGGGCUAUCUGGGGCUUGCUGUCAGGCAGGGAGACGUUUUUAAUUGGACUUUUUGCCCUUGGGGAGUCUUCCCUUAAGGCGAGUCCAAAGUCCAAGAGGCAGACAGCCAGAUGGUCAGAUGCGCUGCCCAGUAAGGCCAGGAGCCAAAGGAGCAGUGCCCAGCCCCACCCGGGACUGCCCUUCUCUCUCCAGGAGACGUCAGCGAGCAAGGAGGUACAUGCGCUCAGUACGAGCCCAUGCUGGAGCUUCCCACCUUCCUCCCUUUGCUCACCUCAGGGCUUCUUGGACCCCUCGAAAAACUAAGCGAUUUUUCCAACCCUAAAGAAAGUACAUCUCACUGCAUUGGAUGGAUGAACAUCAGUGACCUCUCUUUACCCAUCUUGUAGGCCAGAGGGUGCUGGGAGGAUAUAGCUGACAAUACAAAUAAUUUUUCUGUACAGAUUUCACAAAAGACAAGUUCACUAGAUUAAGUGGGAUGAUUGUUCUGUUUGAAGGUGGAACAGGAAACUAACGUUCGUUAAAAAUAUUCCUUAUUCAUUUCAACAUGUCGAAUGGCAUAGCUCCAUAUUACUAUGAGCUUGUCUUGUUUUUAAUAGACUUGUUCAUGUUGAUUCAGUGGUUUCCAGGUUAGAGCAAGGUUAUUGUAAUUUAAAUGAGCAGCAUGAAAGGCUUCUGCAGGCUGCUCUAGGGAUCUCUCCUAUGGGCAAAUCCAUUAGAAAUGCAUAAAACCUCAGGACAUGGUUUUUGGCAAAAAUCCCAUGACUUUAAAUCAGCUAUGUUACUGUUGACCUUUUACAAAGAGAAUGUUUUCCUUGAAAAAAUUUGGCUUGUCAUUUUUUCCUUUGCAGCUUAGAGUGGAGACAGUGGUGCCUUGAGUCAUGCAGAGAAAACUCUCUUUUCAAAAAAAAAUAUUUUGGAAACCACAAGGAUAAGAUUCCGACCUGUCCAAAAGCUUUUAUAAAGAGGCUGAGUGUGAGGAACUGCAGGUCUUUGGGCCUGAUCUUCUACAUUUUAUUGCAAAGAUUCUCAAGUCUGGUUUUGUGACCCACCAGACUGGAGUCGGUGAUUUCAAAGGGUUUCACAGUUCUGCCAGAUGAGUGUGAUUUUUAUUCUUUAUAAAAAGUGCUAAAUGCUAUAUGCUACAUAGCAAUUUUACUAUGGGGAGGGGAAGGGCAUUACUGAUUAAAGCAAUACAGAUUCAGUAGGUUAAAAAAAGUCAGCUACGUGUGUCUUCUUACUUUACCCAGGGUUUGGGGACCUGCCUUCUGAAGUUUGUAACUUCAAGAAUAAAAUCUACACUGUGGAUGGGUUUUUCUGGUCACUAUAUAAAGCAAAUAAACUUAAAAGCACUUUGUAACCACAUAUUUACUCUGCCAAGUGCCUAUAUUCCAAUAAAAUGUUCAUCCUUGAA